AUGUUUUUUGCAGUAUUUUUCGCCUUUUGGCGCAUUAUGCAGAUCAUAACUUUGAUCAUCAUCGUCGGUCUGCUCUCGUGGUUCGUCAACGGCUACGUCAACAACAACCUCCUAACGCCCAACUUCAUCCUGAUCCUCUUCAUCGUCUCGGUCAUUGCGCUCGCCUGGUCCAUCUUUACUCUCUUCAGCUACCACCGCAGCAGCACAAAUGCGCAAUUCGUCGGCAUAAUCGACAUGCUCUUUGUCGGCGCCUUCAUUGCUGGCGUCUACUUCCUAGGAUUCAUUUCGAGGGCCGACUGCUCAAGCAUCAGCACCAAUGAGUACUACAGGUUUGGCCUGGGCGACUGGGUGGCCGUCGAGGGCCGUGGCUUCGCCAUUCGCACCGAUAAGCCCUGCGCCAUGCUCAAGGCCAGCUUCGCGUUCGGCAUCAUGAACUGCAUCUUUUUCUUCGUCACGUCGGUCCUGGCCUUCAUGCACGGCGGCCGCAUGAGCCGCAAGGAGGACAAGUACCACAGCCACCGUCACUCGCACCGCAGGCACUCGAGCCGCGGCCACAGCCGUCACAGCCACCACAGCAGGAGGAGCUCCCACUCGCGCCGCACCUACGUUUAA